AUGUGUACGCAACGACAUGGCAAUAUCUCUGUCGUCACUCUACCUUAUCGCAGUCACGCAACCACCUACACCGCCCUUUUCCGACCUUCUCAUCAAAAUGGAAGCCCCAGCCAUGAAGCGACAGCCCAGUAUACCAGCCCACGGUACACACAGUCUUUCCCUUUAAAUUCACACCCCAACCUCGCCCCCCGCCUUCGGUCCUCGCCCAACCUAACCUCACGGGCCCCUCCCCCACACGCUCCAUCCCGCCACUCCCGCCUCUCCCUCCUUCCCCGCCGUCCUCGUCAUUCCAGACCCUAUCUUCUUUAUCACCGCACCCAACGUUUUGCUUACCAUCGCACAAUCUUCGCCGUCCUUCCCCCGUUGCUAUCAUCUCAGUCUUCGAUUGAUCCCGCUUUCCGAAACGCCUCCUCCGUUCUGAAUUAUCAGCAACACGUUCUGUCAACAAUCCCCGUCACCAAAUACUGUACUACACGCAAAAAAUCUACUCAUUUCUGACGCCCUCCCCCCUACCCCCCCUACCCCCCCUCUCGCUCUCACCCGCGUCUUAUUGUUCCUGUCCCUAUUUCAAGCACGACAAGCAACUAACCGUGGCACCCAAACAAGAACAACAACUCGGCAACACCUUAAUGUCGCACUCCCAUGCCAGAUACCAUCACUCUUCUUCUGCUCCCGCGUCUGGUUCCUCACAUCAUCACCAACCGUCCGCAGCCCACUACUACCCUCAUGAGGACCCGUCACCGGAACCUCGUCGUCGUCGCGGCCGACAAGCUCGCCCAACCAACCUCACUGCCAAGAUGCGUGCCGCCGUCGAGGCGUUUUGCAUGUCGGUCGGACGCCCUAACGUCGUCGACCCGGCUGGAUUUCGUGACUUUCGUGGGUGGUUAGCGGAACUCAACGUCCGCGAACACAGGCCUCAUUGGGAGGAGCUCAUUUCGAGGAUUGCGCGAGAGGUCAAGUGCGACUCUACCGAGUUCGGCAAGCUCAAAGAAGAUAUCGUCAGGGAGAUCAUAAAGAACGUCGUCGUACCGCGUGACCAAGAGAGCUCCAAACUCGUCAGCACAAACGCGGGCAGGCAAUCGGGCCGACCGAAGAGUGGUACCACUCUUAUGUUACUCUUGGACCAGCAUUUUGAGAGGAAUGAGAAAAGGCUUCAUGAGCUCGUCAGCCUGUACCCACCCAGCGCUGCGACCUCUUCAUUGAACGCAGGUGCAUCGCACGAAGUUCGUCGUCCCUCUUCGCACCACGUCCAAAAGCAGCCGCACCAUCGCAGCUCACAAAGUGGAAAUCCCCGUUUCAGACAUAGUACUUUGCCGGUCCAACACAACCGAUUGAGGCCCAUGGGGAUUGAGAAGACUCGGCAUCCUGAUGAACGUCUCCCGUCGUUUAAGGAGUUAACCUCGAGCAUCCCAAUGUCUAUGCACCACCAGCGCUCAAGUUCGUCGAGACACACAUGAUUGCGCCUUUUACUUCGGUACGCACCUUUUAUUGCUGUCAUUGUUCUUAUAGUAUUGUAAUUGAGUGGAGACGAAUAAUCACUGUUUUCUUUGUCCUGGACUUAGUGUCGUUUGUCCAGUGCAAGAUGAUAGAUAUUUCGCAUACUGCCACAUCUGGUAAGUGUAUCUUGUUUCGCGGAGUAAGGACUACCGAAAUUUUGACGAGGUAGAACCGUAUUGUACAGUGUGACACUUGGCUAUGUUUUUCAUUUUGGAAAGGCGGUUACUGGAAAUAAAGCGGUGCAAACUUUGCUACGUACAA